CUUAACGGUAACAAAAUGAGUGAUUUAAAUUCGAAUUAGGAAUCAAAUUCCUUCUAGGUUUUAAUUUCCAUAAGUAAUCCGGAGAUUGAAGUCCGGCUAGAUAAAUACCCACCUCUGUUCAAUUUCUUCUACUCUAUUUCGAUUUCAAGCUUUCUGUAUUUGAGAAAUAACAAUGGUAAAGGGGGCAAAGGUUGAAGGCUUUAGAAUGGGUUUUCGUAUUCCUGAUUUAAACCAAAUUUACAUACCGAAGAGAAGAAGAUCUUCCGGUGCCGGAAAUAAAGAAGAACCUAAGAUUGAAACCGAUUUUCCAAUGUCUAUGUCAGAGGCUGCGGAUAUUCUGGUAGAGAUAUCACGCUCUGUUUUUUAUGUUGAACCAGAAAAAAUUAACAAAACCCACAAAAGAAAAAAGCCUUCGCAGCCGACGCCGACCACUAUGACUAAGAAACAGAUGAACAAGAAGGCUAAAAAGAGCAAGUCUUUGUCGAUUCUUGAGAUGCCGGCGGCAAUGAGAGAUCGGAUCGUGAAAAUGGGUGGCUACGAAAUUAAUCUGGUGAUUCAGAAACAACUCCAAGAUACGGAUCUAAACAAAAAUCAAGGGCGUUUGUCCCUCCCAACAGAGAAAUUGUUGUUCGAUUUUGCAACAGAGGAGGAGAAGAAAUUGCUAAGCCAACGAGAAAAUAAAAAGAAGAAAGGGAUGAAUGUAUUGAUAAUGGAUAAUGUUUCUGAAGAAAGAAGGAUUUGCUUGAAGAAGUGGAAGAUUGGAAGUGGGGAUGUGUAUUGUUUGAUGACACAAUGGAAUGCGUUUGCGGAAGAAACGGGAUUGAAAAGUGGACAACAUAUUCAAAUUUGGUGCUUUAGAAGAGAUGAUGAAUUUGAAGCUUCUCGUCUUUGCUUUGGUAUGGUUAAGUUAAACUAG